AUGAGUGGCGAAACUGUAUAUGUACGUGGUGAGAAUGGAGAAGUUGUACGAUUGUCCCAAGUAUUAGCAUGUGAAGAUAGCAAAGAACUGGUUAAUUAUUUCUGGGGAAUUCAGGAUUCUCGUAUGGUCAAGUUUAAAUGUUCAGAAACCAUUGCUGACAACUUGAAAGUUGAAGUAUUCUUGGGUAAUACGCAUAUAAAGUCUGGUAUGCCCUUUUAUAUUGUUGAAUUUAACGACUCGGAUGAAGAAUUCUCUGUUUGGAGAUCUGAUGGUCAGUGGGGUGCAGACGAAGCUGUUGUGCAAGGCUGGUACGAUACGCUGCAUGGUAAUCAUCGCUCGGCUAAAAAAACUAAAUCAGACGACUGGAGAGAAUUUGUUGGAACGAAACGGAUGCAAGAGCACCCAAAUAAAAUAGAACUAGAAAAUAGCUUGAAGAAAUUAAAUGUUGAUUGGAGUAAUUGUAAUGCUAGUGUCUUCUGGAAAGAGAUCGAUAAUCAUUGUCGAGUUGAUGCUAAACAGGCCUCCAAGCAUGCUACCGCUUCUACUGAAGGCUUCCAUCACAUUGUUCUUUUGGCGUUAAUUAAAGCUGAAUUAUCAAAAAAUAAACAUGUAAUCAAGAAUCAAAUUGACGCAUUCCAUGCGCGGAUGUCUCGUAAACAUAGGUUUAGAAAGAGCCGCAAGGAUUCUAUUAUGGAAAGUAUUUCAGAGGAUAGCUGUGAAGAUGAAGAGAUGAUUCGCGUAAGAUCUUUGUCUCCAAAUUAUACAACAGCAACUCAUUCUCCUCGUGCUGUCGAAGACAUUGAUAACGAGACAUCAAAGCAAAUUAUGAGUAACUUCAAUAUGUUGUUUAAGCCCAUUGUGGAAAACUUUGAAGAUGUUUAUCUGGAUAAAUACUCGAAGUAUCCCGAAAGGAAGCGCCGGAAGCAAGCAACAAACAGGGUGUCAAAAAUUAAAUAG